UUAAAAUCUUGUAGAUGCAACUUACCAAACCAGUUCUACUUUGAAAGAAAUGUUUAUAUUGCUUUGCUGUUAUGGUAUUUUGAAUUAUUAGGACUCAACAGUACAGUACGUUCGGUUAUGCAGCUAUCGAUUUGUUUAUCUUAGCGUUGGGAUUUUUGGUAUUCUAUUUUUAUCAUACUUUCGACAUUGAUAAAUUUCCGUGUACAGUGAAAAAUAACAACGCAACCGAUUCACAGCAAACGAAGGAACGAUAUUAGUUUCUAGACGCAAAGUCUUGUAUUAUUUAAAAUUAUAUGUUAACGAAAAAACAACCUGUUGAUUUUUAAAGCAUGAGUGGACUUCGUGUUGUGCGGGGUCCGGAUUGGCGAUGGAACGCACAAGACGGAGGUGAGAGUCACGUGGGCACAAUAGUUUUCCCAAAAGACACCGAUGAACUCAAGACCAACACAGCUUUUGUGAAUUGGGAUAAAGGGUUACGUGCCAACUACCGCACUGGACUCGGCAACAAGUACGAUUUGUUGGUAUUCGACAGUGCGCCUCUUGGAAUUAAACACAAUGGUGUCCAAUGCGACGCUUGCAAUACAGUUCCAGUUUACGGUAUGAGAUGGAAGUGCACGGAAUGCCACGACUAUGACCUGUGCCAUUCUUGCUACAUGUCAGAUGAGCAUGAUAAAAACCAUAUAUUCUGCCGCCACGAUGCACCACACCUUGACGGGGUUCCCGUGUCAAAGCGCGCGGGAGCAGUGAAAUGUCAGGCAUGGGGAACAUUCGAAGGAGCAACAGUCGUCCGAGGAUCUGAUUGGCACUAUGGGGAUCAAGAUGGUGGAAAAGGCAAACUCGGCAAAGUAGUAAGUAUAAUAAAUUGGAAAGACGAUGUACCAAAUAGUGGGGCUAAAGUCACGUGGCCUUCUGGAACAAGCAAUAACUACCGCGUGGGAUUUGGAGGCAAGGUGGACGUAGAGUAUGACUCAGAGUCAAGUGGUGGCUUCUUUUACAGAGAUCAUCUUCCAAAAUUUGAUAUGAUGUACCACAGAGUAAUGUUUCCAGUCGGUGGCUCCGUCAAAGUGCGUGACUUACCCAUCGAAACGUUUCGUCGUCUUCAACAGGAUCGUUGCGGUUGGCAAGACACAAUGAUUUCGACUGCAGGUAAAGACGGUACUGUUGUAGCAAUUGCAAAGGACGGCGACAUCAAAGUGGAAACUGAAAGUAGUGGUUGCUGGUUUUAUAAUCCAAUCUGUCUUGAAGCUGCUGAUGGAGGGGACGAUGAUGGUGACGCAGGGGACCUUGUACGUGCGUUAAUAGGGAUGGCGUUAGCAGAACGCUUAGCACGUGAUUUAAUCGGUGGUGGACUUGGUGGCGGAGUUCUUGGAGCAGGAGGAGCCAACAGUGUCGAAGCCAUGAUCAAAGCUGUUGCUCAGGGCGACACCGAUGGUCUGAAGCGACUACUAACCCAACAUCCAGACUGGAUUGACAGGAAGGCGCAAGAUAUGAGUGCGCUGCACGUUGCUGCCCACCAGGGCCAGUUGGAAUGCAUAAAAAUUCUAGUAAAAGCUGGAGCAACGAUGAACUUGCGGGACAAAAACCAACUUACUCCGCUUCACUUCUCCGUUAUUGGGAAGGAGCCAAAUGCUACAGAAUUAUUGCUUAACAGUGGGUGUACGGUGGAUGCCGCUGAUAAAAACGGGCUCACGUCAUUACACUUGUGUGCUCUUCAUGGUCAGAAAGAGUGUGCGCACUUCCUGCUCCAAGAAAUGUUUUUCUGCGACCGAAAUGCUCAGGACAAGGAUGGAGAUACGGCCUUGCACUGCGCAAUCGUAAAGGACGAGAGGAGCAUGAUCAACCUACUAGUUCAUGACAAUCAAACAGAUUUUAAGAUCUGUAACAAACGAGGCUUCAAUGCACUCCAAUGGGCGUCUCUCAAAGAUAAUGACCAUGCAGUGCAACGAAUUGUGGACAAGUGCCCCACAAUAGUUGAUUACAAGAUGGCAGACGGGGGACAUGCUCCCCUUCACAUCGCAUCCAUCAAUGGACAUACUAAUGUUGCCAAAAUUCUGAUUGUACAGGGAAACGCUGACGUGAAUACGAGAAAUGCUAAAAUGGGCACACCCCUUCACCUUGCAGUGGAGAAGGGAAUGACAGAAAUGAUCGAGUUAUUGGUCCAAAAAGGCGCGAAUGUCAAUGCCCAAGACGAGGACGGUGAUACGGCUCUGCAUGUGCUGCAGAUCAAAGAGUCCGGAAGGCAAUUAAUGGGAAACACGCUCUUAGGAUUGCUCGUGAAUGCUGCCAGUGGUGGAAGGGGUAAUGGCAAGGAAAAGGCUGCUGCCAUUGGCAUUUACCUUAUCAAAAAUGGCGCCGACAUUAAUAUUAAGAAUAAGAAACAAAUGUCAAUAUUGGAUUGCAUUAUUGAUCCUGAAAUCGAAGCUGUGGUGAAGGCUGCCCACCAAGAUUACAGAAGAAGAAAUCAGCCAGCGGAAAUCGGGAAGGAAAAAAAGUGUAUCGUUAUGUGAAAAUAAUUGAGUGCGUGAGACUUGAAAAUUCCCCCACCCCCUUCCAGGACAAUUUUAUUUCCUAAAUGCUUAAAAAUUCAUUCAGGAUCUGAAAUUUUUCCUUGAGAAUACAUACAUCUGAGGUCGUCCACACGAACCUUCUCAUAGUGCAUGAGCUGACAGUGUCUACUGUAGUAUAUGUACCUUUGAUCAUAUCCGAGAGCGCUUUAUAAAAUGACAUAUUUACAUGUACAGUGUUGAGCUAUUUACACUAGACACGAUAACGACACGACACGCGAUAUCAUCGCGUAGUUUAUAUUCUUCAACACACAUCGUGUCUGGUGUAAAUGUAGCUUUAGUGCAGCUAAUUGGUAUUAUGGUGUAUAUUAGAUUUUUUUGGUAAGAAGAGGACUACGAAGGUAUACAAAUAGUAUACAUAUUUUUUAAUGUAUACGCAUCACAUUUAUGCGUGAGAUUUUGGUCCUUAGAGCGUGAGACAGACCCCAAAUGCGCGAGUCUUAACGCCGAAUGCGUGAGGCUUGUUAGAUCUAUAAUUGGUGUCACGAUUUAAAUCAUUAUCUUAUUCAAACUUGUCUGUAUGCAAUCUAUGUUUAUUCAAAGUUUUAUCAUUUUAAGGUGGUGUGAGGACUCUUAAUUGUCCCAAAUAUUUUAUGAAAAUUCGUAAAAGAGAAGGUAAAUAUACAAUUCGCAAGGCGGUAUUGUCAUCAUAAUCUGUGCAUAUUUAGCAUGCACCAGAGAGGUUUUAAAUAAUAAACCGUAAUCAGUUUGUUUUCAUUAUUUUGAAUAACACUUUUUAUCAUCAUCUAUAAUAUUUAAAAAAUUACAUUGAGCUGUAAAUAUUGAUAAUACAGGUCUCCCUCCAAUUAAAGACCCCCAAUUGAAGAUCAUCUCCAAUUAUUAAAGACCACUUUUCUAAGGUUCCAAAUUAACAAAUGUUUUUUAUCUUUAUUAUUCUAAUUAGAGACCAAAACUGCUAAAGACUAUAUAAACCACGGCUCCAGAAGAGAUCUUUAAUUGGAGGGAGACUGGUAUUUAGUGUAUUAAUGACAUUAGGUAAAAUAUCAAUGAUGAUAAAUAAUGUUAAUGCUUGCAUCACUGUACAAUCAUUACCGUUAGGCUUAACUCGACCGUAAAAUAAUGUACUGCACUACACGCUUAUCACCAUAUUCACAGGGAAGAUGUGUUUUAAUUAGGUACGUCAUAAUUACGUCGAAUCAAAACACAACAAUUCACUAUCGCAUACAUAGGCCUUAUAGGUUGCAUUUACGUUUCACUGUUAUAUUUUUCUUUGAAUAAUAUAUAUCUAUUUUGCAUAAAGUUUCUUUAAUUUUAAUUGGUGAAUAAUGUCGAAAAAAUAAAUUGUAGACCCUAUUGAAUAAGCAUGAAGAACGUUUUAUAGUAAUCAUUGUUUACAAUGUUAACGUCUAUAUAAAUAUCACAUUAUUGUGUAUGUAACUUUAGAUAACCAGUGGACAUUAUGGUCUAUAGAGCCAUCUGGUAUUUCAGAGGUUUGAACAAACUUUGUGUAUGUAUUCAGAAUCCAUUUAAAAGGUAUUUUACAGUUUAAGGAGCGAACGUGAUCUGUACUAAGAAGUAAACGCUGCGCAGGAGCAUAUUCGUAUGUUCAAAUGAAACUAUUUUCACAUAAAGUCUCAUAAUUACUUAGCACAAUUACAUUAUUAUAAAACAAUUACCUAAAACGGUUGAAAUCAAUCAAACUUGAAUAAAUGUUUAUAUAUUUAUGCUUA